CCCAAAUCUCCAUAGCUAUCAGUCUCUCUCAUCUUCCUCACGCUAACAAAGACGACAACCAUUUCUGUAUUUAUUUAUUUAUUUUAUUUCCAUUUCACAGCCUCUGUGUCUUUCUUUCUUUCUUUCUUGCUUAUAUCUUACUGAUUCAGACCAACGCAACACGAUACAGCAUUUGUUUAUUUAAUUACAAUUAAAUUUAAAUUAUAUAAUCAAGAACUUGCCUCACUACUCGCCGUUAAGCAUGCCUUAAUGGUCACUACUCUCCUUCUUCCUCCUCCUCCUCUCUCUACUGUUUGAUCUCGUCAAGUUUUUCAAGUUACCUGACGAACACAUUUGACCAUUCCUUCUCUCACGUUACCAAAGAAGAUGCUGACGUGUAUAGCGUGUUCAAAGCAGCAGCUUCAGCAUCGGCUGAAGAACAGGAAUGGAUCUCUGCCGCCAGAGGAGAAGGAUGAUGAUGUUGUAGUAGGAACACCGAGGACAAACGAGGCCAUCAAAACUCUCACUGCUCAGAUCAAAGACAUGGCCCUGAAGGCAUCUGGAGCAUAUAGAAAUUGCAAACCAUGUUCCGGAUCAUCCAACUGUAUUAAGGAUGGAAACUAUGCUCAUUCAGAUGCUGCCUCGGAAUCUGCAAGGUUCCAUUGUUCAUACCGUAGAACUUCCUGUUCCAACUCAACACCAAGAUUGUGGGGGAAAGAAAUAGAAGCAAGUUCAAAGGGCUUAUCAAGUGGUGAAGCGACUCCUGCUUCAGUUAGUGGACGAACAGAGUCUGUGGUUUUUAUGGAGGAGGAUGAACCCAAGGAAUGGGUUGCACAAGUGGAGCCUGGUGUUCUAAUCAUUUUUGUUUCCUUGCCUCAGGGAGGAAAUAAUCUCAAACGUAUACGAUUCAGUCAUGAAAUGUUUAACAAAUGGCAAGCUCAAAGAUGGUGGGCACAGAACUAUGACAAAGUCAUGGAGUUAUACAAUGUUCAACAUUUCAGUCAUGAAGUGGUACCACUUCCGACUUCACCAAGAUCUGAAGAUGAGAGCCUGAAAAUUGUAUCUGCAAAUCACAGCCCUGUUACUCCCCCCUUGAACAAAGAGCGACCUCGGAAUCUCCCAAUGGGAGUGGGCUGCUCUUCAUCAGAUUCACUAGACCACCAACCAAUGCAAUCCUCUCAAUUAUGCGACUCAACUACUCUUGCUUCCACUCCAAAACUUUCAAGCAUUAGUGGCACCAAGACUGAGACAUCAUCCAUAGAUGGUUCUGCAAGGACUAGUUCUUCGAGAGAGGUUAAUCAAUCAGGAGAGCUUUCCAUCGGCAAUGCCAGCGAUAUGGAGACUGAAUGGGUUGAACAAGAUGAACCAGGAGUGUAUAUCACUAUCAGAUCACUUCCUGGUGGUACUCGGGAGCUUAGACGUGUCCGUUUCAGCCGAGAACGGUUCAGAGAGACGCAAGCAAGGAUAUGGUGGGAGGAAAACCGAGCAAGGAUACAAGAACAGUACUUGUGAUGGGUAAGUCGAUGAAAUGGUGAUUGAACAGUUGUCUUCCUCUUAUAACAAGGUUCCCGGGCAAAACUUCAUUUCAUAACAUAGCUUAUACACAUAUUAACCAUGCCUCGGUUUGUAGCGUUGCUUCAAUUUAUAUAUCAAGGAAUGUGUUGGUUUUUUUA